AUGUCGGCCGACCUGUACACGGCCAUCAGACUGUGCCGGUUGAUCGGCCUGUUCCCGCCAGACCGCGCCGAAUCGUGGCCGGCGUCGGUCGCGCACAGAGCGUACCAAGUGUCGCUGUUCGCGGUGGUCAGCGUCGUGACCACUACCAUGACCAUCCAGCUGUUCGUAGCGCCCGACCUGACCAUGCUGGCCCGGACCAUUGACAUAUGGACAAUGUGCCUGUCGGGACUGUACAAGUGGUUCUGCUUGGCCGUGUUCACCGAAAAGUACCGCACGCUACACGGGCUAUUAGACAGCGUACAGACCCAGGCCGGAGUCGUCUACGGCCCGACUGCGUCGUGCCAUUUCAUAGCCAACCAUUCGCGGCGCAUUGGAUUUAUAAGCUACUCGUAUGGCUUGAGUGGCUUAAUCACGGGAGUGAUCCUAACGCUGGGCGCCAUGUUCUCGUAUUCAAAAGGGUUAGAGUUACUUUACUUCUUCAACUCUUUUAUCCAUUACCAUCAUAAUGAUCAUCAAUUGAUUACUUCGUUACUCAUCCAAUAUUGGUGUUAUGCGUCACAGCAUUUAAAAAUGUAGGAUUACAGGGGCGAUAGGGGCGAUUGCCAUUUAGGUAUUUAUGUAACCUAGGUUAUGUAAGUAACUGUUUAGUAUUUUAAUUAUUUCGAUUUCAUAUAAAUAUAGUAUAAUGAAAGAAACGAAGUUUAAAAUUUUAUCUUUCUGUUUUUCAACGAAAAAAUAAAAUAGUUUUAACGAUCCAUAAAAAUUAUUUGGUUUAUUUCAAUCAUGCAAUACGAACGUAACAAGCGAAUCCAAUACUGUUUUAAAUCCAAUGAUUUUGUUAUCCUGAAUGUAUUUCAUAUAUUUUUCUUAAUUAUUAUAAAAAUUAUGGAUUUCAAAAAGAAAAGAAACACGGUUAAAAUUGUACAGCAUACUUUGGUUUUUUUUUUUUUUCAAAUUAAAAAACUUACAUUGAUGACCAAAAUAGUGUACUGGCCGAAAACGGUCGCUGUAGAACGGCCGAAUUCGGAAAGGUUCGUUUUAGCCAAAAACGGUUAACGGUCCCGCUCCUGCGGAAGGUCUCCACGUUACAUUAAUCCGCGAUUAUUAAAAUCGCGUUGCCCUGGUGGGAGAACUACUUUGCGAAAUAAUGAAUGUUCAACGAUAAAAAAAAAUCACCUUGUAUAUUAUAAAUAUAUAAAUAUAUAUAAAUGUGAAAAUGGAAAUAUUUGUCACGCAUGUUCUCUGAUAGACUAGACCAAUUUUCACGUGGUCUUUCGCAAAACGAUCCGCGUUGUCUGAAGAAGAUUUUCAAAUUCCGAACUCCACGAUCUGACCAGUAGAAGUAGUAGACCUAACAUGCAGUAGAUCGUUUGAGGGACAUCAAUCGUACAAUAGUACAACUGAGUAAUUCGAAAUAAUCGACGUAAGACGCGCCAGAGUACAUACUUUUAAAAUACAUUCCUCGCUCCACUCGAAAUUUGACAAUAAUAAUUAUUUUGCGUUGCCGUAUUUAUUAUCAAAUAGAUCGAUCAACAAAUAUUUCUAAGCGUCAGCGUCUCAGCAGGUUUAUUCACGGCGAUGAUUAGACCGUCGCCGGGAAGCCAAAUAAAAAAAAUCUAAAAAGUUUUUAACCAUGCCAGCAAGAGAAACUUGCUGCGAGUUCUAAGCCUGCAGCGUUAAAAUGGGAAGGAAAACGACGAUUAUAAUUAUUUUUUUUAUUAUUUACCUAUAUAGUAACCUAACCAGUGCUGGCCCUAGGGGGAGAAGCGGUGCGAACGCACCGGGCCACGCGCUUGUGAGGGGGCCCCACAAAUUAUGUAUUCCGAAUAUCACUUUAUCUGUAAAUGAUCAUAAUAAUGUUGUCCCGAUAAUAAGCAAAUUUCCACGACGUGCCGUGUGACCGUGUGGUUUUUUUAGGACUCGGGUUGUUAUCGACGAAAAUCAACGUGGUACCAAUUAUACACAGCUAAUAAAAAUAUUGUAGGUACCUGCUCAUUUUGUGUCUAAUAUGAAAAUACAAAUUUGAUUUUAUUAGUUUAUAUUUGUAGGUAUACAAAUUUAGGUUUAUAACGGGGCCACGCAAAAUUCUGCACCGGGCCCCGAAAUCUAUCGGGCCGGCACUGAACCUAACCCAACCUAACCUAAAGAUAAGCAUUUGCUGCACGGGCAAAGCCGGGCGGGACAGAUAGUAUACACGACGCAUGGGUAUAUUAUGUAACAUUACUUUUGUUUACAGCGACCGGUCCGAUUUCGAGUACUUUAACGACCCGAAAAGCUAUCCGUUGUGCUGUUGGAUGCCGUUCACCGUGCCCAACUAUUGGGUCUUCAGCAUCAUAUGCGUGUUACAAUUUUUGGCACUUUUAUCAGUAGUGUUUAUGUACAUAUUCAUUGACACGUACAUGUUCGGUGCUAUUUUCAUUAUGGGCGGUCAAUUCGAAUUGCUGAACGAAAUAUUAUCCAGUGUAAGACGUAAGUACCGCGGCAAUAACACGCGUCGGUUAUUACGCGUGGGCUGCACCUGUUUACUAUAAUUUCGUACUCCGCGUGUUCCUCGCGCGUUAUUUGAAGCCGUGUCAAACACACUGAGCGCAACGUAGAGCAACAUUUGCAGUUUCCCGAGCGGAGUUUCUGUAGGUACGUGUUUUGUACUUUUUCAUUUUUUCUGAAAUUUCUUCCAGAAAUCUCUCUCGGUUUAAAAAACGACGGGACAUUUUUCGUUGCACUUUAGAUCGAGUUGGUUGGGCACUAGAAGGACUAUAUUUAUUUUUAUUUUUCAAUCGUUUUUCAUAAUAAUUGGAAAAAACGGGAAAGUUUAUGGCAUUUAUAGUUUUAAUUAAUUUCGAUUUCGUUUUUUUUUUUUUUUUUUUUGUUUUAAUUCUGUUAAAAAUAAUCGCGAAGCAGAAAUGUUCACAGAAUACCUACUUAUAUUAGCCUUUUUUAGGCAUGGUGAAAUUAUCAAAUUAUUUCAGCGAUGUUUCAGUCUUUUAUAGGCAUUUGAUGUUUUCGAAUUUUUUAUGAUCAAAUUAACAGAUUUUUCGUUUGAAAAAUGUUAACCUAAUUAAGCGCUUAAGUAGGAUUGAUCUGUAAACCUAAUAUUUUAUCUUGUUUUCUCUAUUUAUCGUGUUUUAUGGAUACAUAGCAACACAAUCUGCGACGUAUGCUUUAAGUCUACUCCGAUCUUUCGACCACCAAAAGCAGGACGAAUAUUAUAAUUUCCUCUCGCAAUGUGUGGAGCUUCACAGUUUAAUUUUAAAGUAAGUGAAUCGUAAUGUUAAUAAUACUAGUCCAGUGUCGGCCUGGCCAUGACCGCUAAUCCGCGGAAAUUAAAUUCAUUUAAAAUCCUCUAAGAAAAUUGCUGGUUUAUAAUAAAAAAAAAAAUCACCCUGUAUACAUAUAUGUACGUUUUUACAUGUCUCCGCGAAAUCGGCCAUUGUUAUUUUUGUUUUUGAAAUAUUCAUGGCCUUUUUAUUAUUCAUUCAUGGUGGCUCCUAAAAACAAAAUGUUCCAAAGGCCCUUGGUAUGCCCAGCUGACACUGAGUACUUAUGAUCUACUUAUAACUGAUAUACAGAUCUAUAAAAACACUAUUGUGCGACGGACGACAGUUUUGUUUGGAAAAUGCACGACGAACCGAGGAAAUCGAUUAGAAAGAUAAUCGUACAUCGUCCAGUAAAAUGUGGUUGUUUUUUUGAAAUUCAAUGCUUACCUACUCUUAUUCGUAUUCAAUUAUUAUAUGUAUCAAAAAAAAACCAAUGAUAAUAAUGUAUUGUUGAACAGAUCAUUGCGUAGUUUACAAGAUAUGUUCAACACGCUGAUCAUUUUCGAUUAUUUACACGGUAUGACUUCACUGACAUUCGCCAUGUUCCAGACAACGGUGGGCGUAUACGUUAUUAAUAUUUAUGUCGUCGUUUAUUUUAUCCGUAAUUCAUUUCCAGAUUAGCAUAAGCAUUGAAGAAACGAUUAGCUUGGUAAUAUUCAUCGCCUUAAGCCUCAUCCAUCAGUUUCUCAACAACUUUUUUGGCGAGUAUAUCAUACAAAAGGUUGGUAAGUAAAAAGUAACCAAAUGUAAACGACACGCGAUUCGUUAUAUUUUAUUUUCGUUUUUAGCAACUUGACAUACAACGGGCCGCGUACGACUUGCCGUGGUUGCGCGUCAACAAGAAGUCACGGCAAUUGAUAACAAUGAUGAUUUUUAGAUCGAGCAAGCCUCUGGUCGUUACCGGGCUCUACAUGUACUCACUGUGUUACCAAUCGUUUUUAGCGGUGAGAAACGACGAUCGAUAG